CCGGCGGCCCACCAAAAGCCCCGGACGCAACCCACGAAAACUAGGGCUUUGCACAGGGUUUAGCGGCGAUCUCUCCCCCUCUUCCUCUCGUCGACGCGCAUCCAUGGCGGCCGCCACUUCCUCCUCCCUCCUCGGCCGCCGCUUCCUCCUCCUCUCCCGCCGCUUCGUCGCUUCUCCUCUCCGCUCCUUGUCCACCACCGCGCCCCCGUCCUCACACUCGGCCGCGGGAUCCGAUGCCGAGCCCGACCCUGAGCCACCCGCCGAUCAGGGUAAUCAGUACCGGAGCCAGCCGAGGCCUCCCAUCACCACCCGCCCUCUCGAGAAUGGCCUCGACCACGGCAUCUACAAGGCUAUAAUGGUGGGAAAGGUGGGUCAAGAGCCUGUGCAGAAACGGCUGCGGAGUGGGAAGACCGUCGUGCUGUUCUCGCUGGGCACCGGCGGCAUCCGCAACAACCGCCGCCCGUUGGACAACGAGGAGCCGCACCAGUACGCGGAACGCAGCUCCGUGCAGUGGCACCGCGUAUGCAUCUACCCAGACAGGCUGGGUAGCCUCGCGCUGAAGCAUGUCAAGACCGGAUCUGUUCUCUAUUUGGAAGGAAAUAUUGAGACAAAGGUGUUCUCCGAUCCUAUAACUGGGCUCGUUAGACGUAUAAGAGAAAUAGCUGUUCGAGGAAAUGGUCGGUUUCUGUUUCUUGGUAACGAUGGGAAUGGCCCCAAGAUAGGUGAAGUGAAGGGCGUUGGGUACUUCUGAAAGUUGGGUCCAACAGAAUCCAUUUGAGAACUGAGACUGAGGUACUGGACGUGUGCUACACUUUGGAAUAUUGUCAACAUCUUAGCAUUGGACAAAUAAUGGUAUGUUGUUGCCGCAGUUUAUUAGUUUCCCCUUGCCUAGUCACAUUCCUGUCUUCAUUAAGCUUUCAACGCCAUUGUAGAUGCCAUGUAAUUGACAAGUGUCUGACUUGCACGGUUUAACUCUGGUUGGAGUACAAUGCAUGCUCUUAUGGAGA